AUGGGACAGCACUUUGCUAGUCUCAGAGACUUUUUUAGAAUGGAUAGUGAGAGGCAGCCUACCGAGAUAUGCGCUAAUGCGCUCAGCCAUCCAUUGCCAUUGGAAAUGGUGAAUCAAGAUAGCGAUGAAAGUUUGCCUGAAAAUGAGACUAAUGGCAAUGUACCUGUGACGAACCCUAACAUACUGCCGAACAGACCAGAAUGUAAAUUAGAAGGGAAUUUGGACAACGAUCAUUUAAACUUAGAUGUAGACAACCAUAAUUCUAGAUUUGAAUCUUUGUAUAGUCAACCUGUGGAAGCUCAGGAUACAAAGCAAGUUUGUAACAAUGGUAAUAUUACAAGUAAACUAUCAUAUAGACAGCAGCAGGAAGCAUGCUGCAGUAGUUCUGGCGGUAGCAACAGUAGUAGCAGUUCUGAGGAUAGUCCUGUAAAUCCACCUUUAAGAAGAUCCUCUAAAACUUUGUCAUUUGGAAAGAGAAAAAAUAAACAGCGUAAUAAAGAUCAAAGCCCAAUAUGUAACCACGUUUUAUCAUCGAAAAAGAAACGUAGCAACUGGGUUUUGAAAUUUAAUUGCGCCAAGAGCAAAAGCUCGAAAAACACUGACAUUAUUCCCGGUCAAGGGAAUGGUAAUUCGGAUUGUAUCUGCACUGGUUAUAGAAGAACUGAGGAGCAUCCUAUGGGUGCGGGUAUUGUGUUUAAUAGUCGUUCUGCUCCGCAAAGUCCCAUUCUCGGACCUUUGCCACCGAGUCCUGUAAUCGAUUUAUCGCGGUUUAAUCCCGAAGAGUUUCCUAUGGAAGAUUGUGACGAACGUGCUCGAAUGCAACGCGCUCGAGAGAUGGAGGAAGGCGUCGAACCUCCUCCUGGUUAUAGGCCUAAUUAUCCUGCGGGAAUACAAGUUCAUCCUAACGGAAUAACGGUAGACAGUUUGGCGGCAUUAUUUCAAGCACAUGCCGGUAUUCAAGCUGCCGCUCUUACAGCCUUAUCUCAGAUCGACUUUACCUUAAUUCCAAAUAUCGAGAGACCCGCGCACACGCAGGUCGAUUAUGUCCACUGUCUCGUACCGGACUUAAGAUCGAUUACAGCCUGUUCUUUUUAUUGGGGUAAGAUGGAUCGUUAUGAAGCAGAACGUUUAUUGGAGGGUAAGCAAGAGGGUACUUUCUUACUGCGAGAUUCAGCGCAAGAGGAAUUCUUGUUUUCUGUGAGCUUUCGUAAAUAUGGGCGCUCGUUACAUGCACGGAUUGAACAAUGGAACCAUAAGUUUAGUUUUGAUUCGCAUGAUCCAGGAGUUUAUGCUUCCGAAACAGUAUGUGGUUUAAUUGAACAUUACAAGGAUCCCACGUGUUGUAUGUUUUUUGAGCCCAUGCUCACUAUUCCGUUGCAUCGAAAUUUCACAUUUCCGUUGCAGCACCUGUGUAGAGCAGUGAUAACCACGCGAACAACUUACGAUGGCAUAAAUAAGCUGCAAUUGCCAAAGACACUUAAGAGUUAUCUCAAAGAAUACCACUAUAAGCAAAGAGUACGAGUCAGGCGAUUAGACACGGAAAACGAUUCACACACGGACUGUAGAUCCAUAUCAUGUUUACCGAUAUGAAUCUUUUCAUAUUACUAUUCGAUAGAAUUUUAUUAUACGUUGCAUAAUUAUGUUUCUUUAUCCAUAUUUACAGUUGUAACCGCCGUAUCAAAUACGAGCGGUACCUGCAUACGAUAUUGCGUGUUUCAUUUAACGCUUGUUCUCGCGAGUAUUAUUUGUCCUUGUUUAAUAUCUGAAGAAUAAAGAUGAAGUAAUUCUAAGAACGUUGUGAGCGUUAAAUGGGACGCGCCUAUUGUAAUAUCAGGAAUAUCAUGACUAUGACACUACACAAUUACACAGAAUAUCAUUGCAAUAUUAGCAAUAAAAUUGUAUUCGUCUUAAGCGAUAAUAGAUACUGGGGGAGAUGGCGUAGUAUAAUUAAAAAAAGUGGAAAAAAAGAGGACUUGUGCGCGAUUUCAGGCGCGACAAGUGCCAAUUUUUACUUGACGAAGUCUAGUAAUCCUAUAUGUAAAUACAUGAAGACGGCAAUGUUUCGUACACUCGCACAGUGUAUUGCAAAAUCGUGUAUUGUGUAAACUUCAAUAUCAUUGCUACUGUUCUUAUUAUUACUAUACUUAUUUCUUUAUUUUAUUCCUAAUUCUACAUUAUCUUCUAAUCAUUAUUUUCAAUAUAACUUAAUCUUAAUUAAAGUUAUGAGAACAGUUUGUAUAUUAAUAAUUUUAUAGAAUGAUACCAAAACUUAUGCUUGAAAGGCAUGACAAUUUAUUCUUUAUUACAAAACUAUGUCAUCAGAUUUAAUCUUUAUACGUAAAGUUACAAAAAAGAGGAAGAAAAAGAGAGUGGGAGAAAGAAUCAUUGCAAAAUCUGGUAUUACUCCUAUUGUGCCUAUUUAUGAUGUUAAACAUUAUUAGAUAAAAGUUGUCUGUGUUGAUGUUUCUUAUCAUCAGAUGUAAAAAUCUAUAAUUUUUGUGUAAAUUUUUUAAAUUUUGACAUUUAUGAAAUUAAUAUGAGAUACAGUGAAUUGAAUUUGGAGUAACAAUGCAAAUCAUUGAAUAUUGAAAAAUGUGCAAAAUAUAUAAUAUAGAAAUUGUUAAAAGUAUUGGUUAAUGGUUAUUCGUAUAAUGAACUUCGUAUUAAGAAAUAAAAAUUUAAUAUUUA